UUGUGUAAAAUAUUGAAACACACACUUGAAUGUCAAACUAUUAUUUGAAGACGCUGACGAAACUGCUUUGUCAGAUCACAACUAGCUGACCUAAAUUAACAUGUUAGCUUGAAAGGUGGUCACCUGGAGUGUUGAGCUGCACUCACCUGAUUUUAACAGAUAUAAACAUUACACCUGAUGUCGCUCCUUUUGUCCGCCCUCAGCUGGGCCGGCCCCUGUCAAGUCCUGCUCGUGGCCGGCGCGGGACUGGUCUCCGUGGUUACGGUCUGGACGGCCAGGCUGUUGCUCCAACACGCUCGUUUCACUCAGCGGCUGUCCUGCUUCAGCAAGCCUCACGCAGACUCUUGGCUGAUAGGUCACCUGGGCCAGAUGCAGAGCACAGAGGAAGGUCUCCUGCAGGUGGACGAGUUAGUGCGGACACACAAACACUCCUGCAGCUGGUUCCUCGGACCCUUCUACCACCUGGUCAGGCUCUUCCACCCGGACUUCACCAAACCUCUGCUGUUGGCGCCUGCCGGCAUCACGCUGAAAGACGAGCUCAUCUACGGUCAUCUCCGUCCGUGGCUUGGCCAGAGUCUGUUACUCAGCAACGGGGAGGCGUGGGCCCGCAGGAGGCGCCUCCUCACGCCAGCGUUUCAUUUUGACAUCCUGAGGAACUACGUGGCUACGUUUAACACCUCAGCAGACACCAUGCAUGAAAAGUGGCGACGUCUGGCGGCGGAGGGUCGCACCACCGUGGAGAUAUUCGACCACGUCACGCUGAUGACUUUGGACAGUUUGCUGAAGUGCGCCUUCAGUUACAGCAGCAACUGCCAGGAGUCCCGCAGUGAGUACGUGUCCGCCAUCGUGGAGCUGGGUGACCUCCUCAUCGAGCGGCGCCAGAACAUCCUGCAUCACUGGGACUGGGUUUACUGGCAGACGCGGCAGGGGAAGCGCUUUAGGAGGGCUUUAAACGUUGUGCACAGUUUCACGAGGGAAGUGGUUCAGAGGCGCCGUGCGCUCAUCAACCGGUCUGAUUCCACCUCCGCCCCGCCCGGGAAAAGGGAUUUUGUGGACAUCAUCCUGCUCUCCAAGGACGGAGACGGACGCGGUUUGGCAGACGAGGAGAUCGAAGCUGAGGCCAACACCUUCAUGUUUGCAGGUGAGGCGCGCAAGUCAACAACCCGUCACAAUCGACCACGAGCGCCUUCCUUUGCAGGUCACGACACCACGGCCAGCGCUAUUUGCUGGACGCUGUACAAUCUAGCACGCCACCCACACUUCCAAGACAAAUGCAGGAGGGAGGUGCUGGAGCUGAUGGGGGGGCACCAGCACCAGGGAAUAGAGUGGGACGACCUGGCCAACCUUCCUUUCACCACCAUGUGCAUCAAGGAGGCGCUGAGGCUCCACUCGCCGGUGCAGGCCGUAACCAGGACGUACACCCAAGACAUGCCACUGCCGGGGAACCGGACCGUACCAAAGGGUGAGGCCACACUAGUCACAAACAGUGAGUUAUUUUUGGUCCUCCUACACCUUCUACCUCCGCCAGGUGCCAUCUGUUUGGUGAGCAUUUACGGGACACACCACAACCCCGACGUAUGGACCGAUCCACAUGAGUUCCGUCCUCAGCGGUUUGAAGGCGUCAGCCACGAGAGUCGCUCCUCCCACGCCUUUAUUCCCUUCUCCUCAGGCCCCAGGUGCUGCUUCGUCAAGAUCUCCUCUGCACCUUUCUACGCUCGUGUGGUAACGAGGUGUGUUUGCAGGAACUGCAUCGGUCAGAAGUUUGCACUAGCGGAGCUCCGUGUUGUCGUGGCAUUGACCCUGCACAGGUUCCGCCUGAGCACAGGCGUGAACCCCAAAUCUGGCUCUGAAGAGGUUCGCCGUCUUCCCCAGCUCGUGCUGCGUGCCGAGGGCGGCCUCUGGCUGCAGCUGGAGCCUCUGAGCCCGGCCGACAUGGAGGCUGCACACAGCGCGUGAAAAUGCGACUGAUGUCACGUUCAUGAAAGCAAAAGACAAUCUGCACAUAUCCAAAUGGAGCCACGGAACCGUUGGAAUAGUAAGAAAUAAGCAGGGCUUAAAUAGGGAUGUCUAAAGUGCGGACAGUCUAAAAAUGGAAUUUGACAAGAAAACUAAAAAAAAAAAAAAAAAACUACAACAGCAAAAAUGAAAAAUCAGCAAUAAUUUUUUUUUAUGAGAAAUAUUUUUAUUGAAUUUUGACAAAGUAAAAAACAAAUGCACACAAUGUUUGCUGGUAGUUUAAAAAAUCAGCAAUAAUUUUACAAGAAUAAUCUCAAAAUAUUAAGAGAAAAAAGUUGUCAUCUAACGAGGAAAACAACACGGGGAAGAAUAAUGUCGCUUUAGUAGCACGAAUUUGAAAUAUUUUUGCUAAAAAAGGAUGAGAAACAAACAAAACUAAGAAUAAAGUUGAAUUUUUUUGUUUAAAAUGAGGUUGGGGGAAAAGUUGUAAUAUUACAAGAAUAAAGUCAAACUAUGAUGUUAAUAAAUGCAUAAUAUCACAAGAAAGAAAUUUACAAAAAGAAAGUUGUUGGAAAAUUAAAAAAAAAAAAAAAAAAAAA